AUGGAGAGCUUAAAUUUGGAUCCAGAAAUGAACUUCCCUAAGGAUUUUAGAUGCCCGAUAUCCAUGGAGAUUAUGGAUGAACCAGUCAUCAUCUCCACCGGGGUUUCAUAUGAGCGUAAAAACAUAGAAAAAUGGUUCUUUAGCUACAAGAAGACUACUUGUCCAGCCACAAUGCAAACCCUCAACAAUUUUGGUCUUACCCCUAAUUGCACCCUUAAAAGGCUCAUUCUUGCGUGGAUAAAUAGCAAUUCUUCAUCUCCAUCAUCUUCACCAACAGCUUCAUCAUCGUUGAAGCAAGAUGAAAUGGCAUCAUUGCUGAAAACCCUCCAGUCAACUCCAUUCAAGGUUAGUUCUUUGAGAAAACUUGGGUAUAUCUUACAAAUAGGAGAUGAGAUGAAGCUUGAUUUCAUAUUAUUAGGAGGGCUGGAAAUUUUGUUACAAAUAAUUGCCCAAAUCUUGGAAGAUGGUUCAGAUUUUGUUGCAUUUAGAGCUUGCGAGGAGGCUUUGGGUGUUCUUCAACAUCUCCUAAUAUCACAAGAAGAUGGAAAAAUAAUCGAAAUGUUAUCAAACCCUAAGUACAUGAAGUCCAUGGCCAUUGUUCUUGAAAGAGGAAGCCGAGAGGCCAGGCUUCACACAAUAUCAAUAUUCCAAGAAAUAGCAAAGUCUGAUUUCACCUGGAAUCUAAUUGUAAACGACUUGGGUGUGAGUAUGUUCAAAUCUUUGUUGGAGUUCUUAUCGGAUGAGAUAUGUACCAAGGAAAGUUCAUUUAUAUUGCAAGUGUGGAUAAAGAUCCUAGAUUCAUCAAAGAGAAGCCGAUUGAAGGCAAUCGAGGCUGGUGCAAUAUGUACCCUAAUUGAGCUCCUUCCGGACUCAAACCGAUCAAAAUGUGAAAAAAUACUGCAAAUAAUCAAAUUACUGUGUGAAUGUGCUGAUGGAAGAGUGGCAUUCAUGGAACACCGCUUAGGGAUUGGUGCAAUAUCAAAGAAACUGUUAAAUGUAUCCGAGAUUGCUUCAAAGAUAUGCGUAAAGAUCUUUUGGUUGAUUAGCAAUUUUCAUCCGGCUGACGUUGUCUUAGAUGAAAUGAUGAUUUACGGCGCAGUCAAGAAGUUCGUUGCGUUGUUGCAUAUGAGUGGUCCGUCAUCAACGAAGGAUAAAGUGGCACAUAUGUUUAAAAAGCAUGGUAACUCGUGGAGGCGCGACCCUUGUUUUCCUUGUGAGCUAAACGAUUACUCUUCGACGUUACAAGUCCAUCAUGGACAUAUUAUGGACAACUGA